GGUAAGAAGGGAAAGAAGAACAAGGUUUUGGAGAAGGCCAAGAAAAAGGCUAUUGAUAUUACCGAACACGAGAUGCCAGUAGAGAAAUUGUUGGACUUAUAUGGCUCUAAUUUUGCUUCUGACCCGGAAGCUUCCCAAGGUUUGAGUGAAAAGGUUGCUCAAGAACGUUUAGCUGUCAAUGGUCCUAACAAAUUGAAACCACCUAAGAAGAAGCCAUUUAUUUUCAAGGUUAUUGAACAAUUUACAAGUUUAUUCUCUUUGUUGAUGAUUUUUGCCGGAUUCUUAUGUAUUUUGGAUCCUAUUAUUGAACAAAGUGUAGACUCAAUUCCUAAUGUCUUUUUGGGUGUCAUUUUGUGGGCUGUCGUCGUUUUGAAUGCCGCCAUUUCAUUGGUACAAGAAAGAGGAAGUGAAAAAGUAUUGGAAGGUUUUAUGUCUAUGCAAAAGAGUUCAGUUUUAGUUGUAAGAGAUGGUGUUUUAAGAAAAGUUGAUGCGGAUACACUCGUUUUGGGUGAUAUUGUUAAAAUUGAAGCUGGUGACAUUGUUCCAGCCGAUUUGAGACUUUUACAUACAAGUGGUUUGAAGGUAGAUAACAGUUCUUUGACUGGUGAAGCUGAUCCUCAAAGCAGAACAUCCGAAUCUAGUUCUUCAAAUCCAUUGGAAACAGCCAACUUGGCUUUCUUUGGUACAACUGUUCUUGACGGAAGUGGAUACGGAAUUGUAAUUAGAUGUGGUAACGUUACAGUCAUUGGUCAAAUUGCUCUCCUUGCUGGUACUGCUCCUACUUUGAAGACUCCAUUGAGAAGAGAAAUUGAUAACUUUGUUAGAAGUAUUGGUAUUAUUGCCUUGACCAGUUCUGUUAUCUUGUUUUGUAUUGCUUUGGGUCUCGGACUCAGUUGGUAUCAAGCUUUCCUUUUUGCUAUUGGUGUAGUUACUGCAAAUAUUCCAGAAGGUUUAAUUGCCGUCGUUACUGUUUGCUUGACUGUUUCUGCUAAGAGAUUGAUGGCUGUUAAUGUCCUUGUUAAAAAAUUAGAACACGUCGAAACUUUGGGUAGUACAUCUGUAAUUUGCUCAGAUAAGACAGGUACUUUAACUCAAAACAGAAUGACUGUUGUUGAAACUUGGAUUGACGGUAAUGUUAAUGCUAUUGCUUAUGAAAGAAUGAUGAAAGCAAAACCAGAAAAGCCUGCAAGUGAACUCCCAGAUAUGAGUCAAAUUUCUGAAGAAGCUUUGACAGGUUAUCAAACUCUUAUCAGAGCAUGUGCAUUGUGCAGUGCUACUACCUUUGUUCAAUCUGAAACCAAUCUUGCCAAGCCAAUUCUUGACAGAGAAUGUAUUGGUGAUGCUUCUGAAACAGCCCUUAUUAAGUUUGUUGAAACUAGAAAUGAUACAGCUACUCUUCUAGGUAUUAGAGGAGCACACACCAGUCUCUACACUAUUCCAUUCAAUUCCAAGAAUAAGUGGAUGUUGGAAGUUCGUGAAAAACCAGGUUUGGAUAAGGCUAUUCUUUUUAUGAAGGGUGCCCCAGAAAGAAUUAUCAGUAGAUGUACAUCAAUCUUAAUUGGUGGUAAGGUCUUCCCAUUGGAUGAAAUGUGGAAGAAUAACUUCCAACAAGCUUAUGACUUCUUUGCUAUGAAAGGUGAACGUGUCUUGGGUUUUGCUCAAUUGAUGAUUGAUAAGGAAUGUGUAAAGAAACAAUUAGAAGCAGAAGAAUCAGGUGGUACAUCUGACGGUUUGUUGAUUCCGACUGAAGGUUUGACAUUUGUUGGCAUGUGUGCUUUGACUGAUCCUCCAAAGGUUGGUGUUCCAGAAGCUAUUGCUAAAUGUAAACAUGCUGGUAUUCAAGUUGUCAUGGUUACAGGUGAUCACCCUGCUACUGCUAAGGCUAUUGCUAAACAAGUUGGUAUUCUUAAUGACGACUGUAUGACUAGAGAAGAUCUUGCCAUGGAUGAAGGAUGUUCCGCAGAAUCCAUUCCAUUUAGUAGACCAGAAGUUGAUGCUGUUGUUUUGCAUGGUGAAGAAAUUGACAAACUCUCUUCUAAGGAAUGGAGAGCAAUUUUGAAGAAGAAACAAAUUGUAUUUUCCAGAACUUCUCCUCAACAAAAAUUGUUAAUUGUCAGCAAAUUCCAAGAAAUGGGUCACUGUGUUGCUGUUACUGGUGAUGGUACUAACGACUCUCCUGCUUUGAGAAAGGCUGAUAUUGGUGUUGCUAUGAAUAUUUCUGGUUCUGCUGUUUCUAAGGAUGCAGCUGCUAUUAUUUUGAUGGAUGAUAACUUUGCUUCAAUUGUUAACGGUGUUGAAGAAGGUAGAUUGAUUUUCGAUAACUUGAAGAAGUCUAUUGCUUAUACUUUGACUCACGCCAUUCCAGAAGUUAGUAGUUUCUUGGUUUAUGCUAUUUUUGGUAUUCCACUCCCAUUGACUGGUGUUCAAGUCUUGAUGAUUGACUUGGGUACUGAAUUGAUGAAUGCUAUUUCUCUUGCUUAUGAACCUGCUGAAAGUGAUAUUAUGUCUGUUCCUCCAAGAAGUAAGACAGAGAGACUUGUCGGUUUCCAACUUUUCUCUUAUUCAUAUCUCCAAGUUGGUGUAAUUGAGGCUCUUGGUUGUUAUUGUUGUUAUUUCCUUGCUCUUGCUUUCUAUGGUGUUCCACCAUCAUAUUGUUGGAAUGCUUCUAGAUCAAACUACUUUACAGCCACUGCUCCAGACUUGCACAUUAUUGAAACAGGUCUCAAGAUUUCUGCUAAACAUCAAGUAGAUAUUUUGUGUACUGCUCAAACAGCUUAUUUCCUUUGUAUUGUCAUUUGCCAAUGGGCUACCUUAAUGUCAACAAGAACAAGAAGAACAUCUGUAUUCUUUAAGGGAUUCUCUGCAAACUUGUGGAUUUAUGCAGGUGUUGUUUUUGCUGUACUUUUGACUUGUUUCUUCUUAUACGUUCCUUUCAUUUCAGAUUUCAUUUUCCAAAUUAGACCUGUCAGUAUUGACUUUUGGUUGUGGCCAGUUCCUUGGGCUUUUGGUGUUUUGUUCUAUGACGAACUUAGAAAAUUAUUAUUGAGAAAG